AUGUUAUCCUAUGUGUCCAUCCCCGGCAUGUUAUCCUAUGUGUCCAUCCCCGGCGUGUUAUCCUAUGUGUCCAUCCCCGGCGUGUUAUCCUAGGUGUCCAUCCCCGGCAUGUUAUCCUAUGUGUCCAUCCCCGGCAUGUUAUCCUGUGUGUCCAUCCCCGGCAUGUUAUCCUAUGUGUCCAUCCCCGGCAUGUUAUCCUGUGUGUCCAUCCCCGGCAUGUUAUCCUAUGUGUCCAUCCCCGGCAUGUUAUCCUGUGUGUCCAUCCCCGGCAUGUUAUCCUGUGUGUCCAUCCCCGGCAUGGGCGGACUAACAACUCAUGGGGCCCCCAGGCAAUAG